CAAAUAGGCUCUUCCUGAUCUGGUGACAUGAUAACAAGAGCAAGGCCACGCGUGGAUGAAUAAUGAAGCUAAAUGCAAGGUGAUACAUACGUGUACAAAGGGACGACAAUGUAAUUCUAAUUAUAUGUAAAUGAAUUAUGGCGAAUUAACAUGCACCAUGUAAUGACCAAAUUUCAUCCGACAUGAUAUUCCACAUUUUCAUCGCCAUUUCUUUGCAAUUUGUUAUCAUUUAAUUCAGUCUGCUAUCAGCAAUCAUCACGAUUGGAUCUCACUUUAGAUUACAAGAUUUUCAUUAACAAUGGUAGCAAACAGCCAUAUUUUUCCAUCCUUCCUUAAGCAGCAGCUUAUUUUACUAUUACUGUUAACACUUAGCCUACAUGUAAAACAAGUUAGUGCUGAUUUUGACCAAGUUCAGGCAGAAGAUUUAAUUAAUGACAUACUCAAUAAUCAAACUCUAUACAACCACAAUAUUAGACCCAGGGGUGACAAUGCGUCGGCAACAUUUGUCGUUGUCAACUUGUUUCUUAGAAAUAUUGGUACAAUUGAUGACAUCAACAUGGAAUAUCGUGUUCAGAUAACCGUGAGACAAGAAUGGAAAGAUUUUCGUCUCAAGUUUAAUUACUCUGAAUUCAUCACCCUUCCAGAAGACAUGUCUCGUUUAUGGACACCGGACCUUUUCUUCAUGAAUGAACGAAGUGCUAAUCUUCAUCUCCAAAUGAAACCAAAUGUUAUGAUUAGAGUUACCCCUGAAACUGGAACGGUCUUGCUAAGCAUACGUUUAUCGCUAACUCUAGCAUGUCCAAUGAACUUGCGAUAUUACCCACUUGAUCGGCAGACAUGUCGAAUUCGCAUGGGUAGCUAUUCAUGGCCUACCAAAGAUUUAACAUUUAUGUGGAAACGAACCAACCCAAUCCAACUUCCUGCGGAGCAACAAUUGCCAAGAUUUACAAUGAAGAGCAACAAUUAUUCAACUUGCGAUCAUGUGACCACCACGGGAAAGUAUAGUUGCUUACUUGCAACUUUUACAUUUCAAAGGGAACUUGGCUACUACAUGAUACAAAAUUUUCUACCUUGCGGUAUGAUUGUUAUGGUAAGCUGGAUAAGUUUCUGGCUUGGAGCGAGCACCAUUGACGCAAGAGUGUCUCUCGGAAUAACAACGAUGCUCACGAUGGUUGCUCAGAUUUAUGGAAUCAACCAGGCUGUUCCUCCCGUGUCGUACACAAAGGCUCUCGACAUAUUCACAGGAACAUGCCUUGUGUUCAUUGUUAUGGCCAUCAUCGAAGUCAGCAUAGUCGGUUAUAACAUCCAGCUCUAUAAAUAUAGACAAACCCUGCCCCUUCCGUUUACUCAGAAUAUGAAGAAUCGUCCCACCAUGGGAGGCCAUUUACUUACGAGAUCUAAUCAAGUGGAUCGUGUGUCAAGAUUCCUGUUUCCUAUAUCUUUCUUAAUAUUCAACAUCGCAUACUGGUAUCAUUAUAUGUUUGCAGAACGAGAUGCUGGAUAUUAGUUUUUUGUAGCUUAUUUAUGAAACUCAUGUAUGUAUAUUUAGCUUAAUUGUUCAAAGUAUGCAGUAUGAAAGGGUUAUUGAGGUACGCAAGUUAUUACACACUAUGAAUAUGAGCCAAUGUACAUAAGCUUCUCCUGGUUAACGUAUGGUAGAUACAAUUUGUUCAAUUCAAAUUACUUGAAUAUAAAUUUAUUGGGCUGUGUAAAUAUGUGCACGCAACUUAAGUUUCUUGUAAUUGUGCUUGAUUUGCUUUCCCCGGUGUCUUAAUAAAAAAGAGCUGCAAUUUAAAA